GAUAUUUGGGGGUUUAUGCUCCUGUACUUGUGACCCACCAGUCCCAAGAUGUUCCAGGGGUGACGCCGGCUGAAGUCUCUGCUGUAGCUGAGGGCGAGGGAGACCACGAGAAAGAUGAUGAUGGAGCUGAGGUAGGCCCCCAGGCUGGUCUGCACCGCAUCUUUCACCACGCUGGAGAAGGUCAUUGUCCAUGGAUACAGAAGACAAGAUGGAACCCUACCAAAGAUUCAUUCAAGAGGGAAAAGAUGUUGCCAGACAAGGCGACAUGAACCAAGCGCUGAAGUGUUUCAAACUGGCGUACAACAUUCACCAGAGUGAAGAACUUGAAAGCCGGAUAAAGACAAUUGAAGAACUUCUUGCUCAGAAUGACUCAGAGGAAGAAGAUGAAGAGUUUGUGAAUGUUAACGGCAGCGGCUUAAUGCUUUUCAAAGAGAUGUAUGACAAGCUUUAUGACUACCAAAUAAAUGGAGUCACCUUCUUGUACAGUCUCUGCAGAGAUGGACGUAAAGGUGGAAUCUUGGCAGAUGACAUGGGCCUUGGUAAAACCAUCCAGGUGAUAUCAUUCCUCUCAGGCAUGUAUGACAACGAGCUGGCUAAGCACACACUGCUGGUCAUGCCAACUUCUCUCAUCACAAACUGGACCAAGGAGUUUGCCAAAUGGACUCCUGGCAUGAGGGUGAAAGAGUUUCACGGAUCGAGCAAGGAGAGGACCAUGAAUUUGGAGAAAAUUCAAAGGACAAGUGGUGUUAUCAUCACCACGUACACUCUGCUUAUGAAUAACUGGCAGCAAUUGUCAUCUUACAAUGGCAAAGAGUACAUGAUCCUAGAUGAGGCACACAAGAUAAAAUCCUCAACUACCAAAACAGCCAAAAGUGCCUACGCCAUUCCUUCAAAAAACAGAGUUCUCCUAACUGGCACUCCAGUCCAAAACAACCUGAAGGAAUUGUGGGCUCUCUUUAACUUUGCUUGCCAAGGGACUCUCUUAGGCACAGCUAAAACCUUCAAAACGGAGUAUGAGCACCCAAUCACCCGGGCCAGAGAGAAGGACACCACUCCAGGGGAAAAGGCCCUCGGGUCUCGAAUGUCUGAGAACCUCAUGGCCAUAAUCAAACCCUACUUCCUCCGCAGGACAAAAGCAGAAGUGCAGAAAAACAAUAAGAAAGGCCAACUUCCUUGUAAAGAGGAAUAUUCAGAGACCAAGGACGGCAAAGUCCAAAAUAUUCCAAAAGACUCUGGCGCAGUCAUGCCAACACUGACUAGAAAGAACGACUUAAUUGUCUGGAUUUACCUUAGUCCUGUUCAGGAAGAUAUUUACAGGCAGUUCCUUUCACUUGACCAAAUCAAGGAGCUGCUCAUGACAACCAGAUCACCUCUAGCUGAACUGAACAUAAUGAAAAAGUUGUGCGACCAUCCAAGACUGCUCUCUCCUGCAGCCAUAGCCAAGUUAGGCUUAGAAGAAAGCACAGCUCAAGGUCAGCAGAACGAUAACAUGGAGACAGGCACAUGCACCAUCGCCAACAUUCCAGACGAGACCUUAAUAUCUGAGUCAGGGAAGCUCGUCUUUCUGUUUGCACUUCUCCAAAGGCUCAGAGAAGAAGGUCACCGCACGCUUGUCUUUGCUCAUUUCAGGAAAGUGCUCGACAUCAUCGAGCGCAUCCUGGGCAACAGAGGCUUCAAAGUAUUGCGAUUGGAUAGCACAAUAAUUCAGCUUGCAGAGAGAGAAAGGCUAAUCACUAAGUUCCAGACAGACAAAAGCUACUCUGUCUUCCUCCUGACCACCCAGGUUGGAGGGGUUGGUAUCACUUUGACGGCAGCAAACCGAGUCGUGAUCUACGAUCCUAGCUGGAACCCAGCAACAGACGCCCAGGCUGUUGACAGGGCUUAUCGCAUUGGGCAGAGCGAAAAUGUCGUCGUUUACAGACUGAUCACCUGUGGCACAGUAGAGGAGAAGAUCUACAGAAGGCAGGUCUUCAAAGACUGUCUCAUUAGACAAAAUACCGGGGACAAUAAAAACCCUUUUAGGUACUUCAGCAAGCAGGAGUUGAAAGAGCUCUUCCUCCUCGAGGACACAAGGUCCUCAUCCACUCAGCUGCAACUUCAAUCCCUGCACUCCAGACACCGAAGGACAGAUGCUGAACUGGACGAACACAUUGCCCAACUCCACACCAUGGAGAUUUUUGGGAUCUCUGACCAUGACCUCAUGUUUUCCCUCGAUGUCAACCACGAUGAUGACCCUGAAGACCAAGAGGCCCAUCACUACAUUGAAGGGAGAGUGCAGAAGGCCCAGGAGCUGAUGAAGGCUGAGUCAGAGUUACAGAUGCAGAUGGCAGAAAGUUUGACAUUAAACACAGAACCAGCCUGGCUCAGACAACCAGCGGACAACCACAUCAGAGAGCGGACUCGUGAGAAAAAACCAAGAAAUCCAAAACCAAGUCCUUCCCAUCCACAGCAUGAUAGUAACUCUAACGGGUCACCAGUCAUGAUGGAGUUGGACCAGUCUGGUUCUGAUGAGGAGGACGGCCAACAUAAUCUGAGAAGCCAUGUUAUUGAUCUUACUGCAGAUAAGGGUGUGUCAGAAGAACAUCCUUUCGUAGAAGUAAGCCAGAACAAGCUUGUUGAGCAGAACCUUUAUUCCCCAAAACACGUGUCUGUUAAUCAGGAGAGGAGUUACUCGGUAGCCGAUGAAUCCCCCUCUCCGGAGGUGAUUGAAGAGUUUCUGGUGGUCUCGGAUACCAGUGAUGCUGAAUUAGGUGAAAUGGCAGACGAACAACUUUCAAAUGAAACUUCACACGCAAGAAACGUUUCCAAGACAGACUUGGGCCUCUCACAUUUAACAGCCCUGCAGAAUAAAAUACUUUCUGUCUUGCAAGCUUCCACUUCAAGCUUCAAAGCAGACACAUCAUCCAACAUCAGCACAGGGCUUGAUUCCUUUGGAAGCAACUUCAAUGUACAGCUUGAAGAUAGUGACAUGCUCUCAGACCACGAUCAACUGGAUAAUCUGGAAACUGAAGAAGAGGAGAGGGAGCUGCUGUCACAGCUGCAGAUGGAGGGGAGUUUUAUCAUGAAUACAUUUCUUCCUGAGAAACAACAUAAGAAAGCAGUCAGCCAAAGCUUCAACGGCAACAGCUCUGUAAUGGACAAUUCAAUGGAUAAUUCCAUUGUGACUAAGAAGAAUAAAAGAGCAGCAGUAAUUGAGUCCAAACAGGAAAUGACCAGCAACAUGGAGGAGUCGACCAGCGAGCCCGAGCUAGCCUCCGACGAACAAAUGGAUCAGUGCACGUCUGAUGGAGUCAAAUUAAGCAGUAACGGCAUCCUGUCCGAGGAGGAGAGCUUCGAAGCCCUGGUCAGGAGAGGGAAGGAGUACCAGAGCGAAGGCAAGCCUGUCGACGCAUUGAGCUGCUUCCUCAGAGCUAUCGACAUCCAACCUGGAGAUUCUGAAGUUCAGCUCAUGACCAUCCAACUGUACCGGCAGCAGAGCCAGAGAAGUUAACAAAGCAAUCCUGAUACGUAAAAAAUAAACCUGAACCUUAAAUGAUACUGUUAGAAUAGACAGAGGACAAUCUGGACAACAAAACCAAAAGUGUGUCUGUUUUUAAAGACUUCACACAAGGCAACUACAAAGAGAAAUACAGAAGUACAAAUAUUUUAAGUUUGAGUUAUUGAUUUGUUUUGCUAGCUGGGUUCAGGAUAGCAUUUAUUGAAAAGCACCUGGUUACUAUUCCGAGUUUAGGGUUAACUGUUGAUUCAUAUCAUAUUUAGUGUCCUGCACUUGUUUCUUCCUAAAAGGGUUCAAAUCAAAAUGUUGCUAGUAAAGUUGUUAUAUUUCCUAUCUAGAAGAAAAAUACAGAAUAUCACUAAACUGAUUCUUUAACAGACUGUAUAUCCAUUGAUUUAAUAUAACCGUUGAUUUACAAAAAACUAUGUUGUAACCUUGUAUAAAGUGUCUCUUCCUGAAAGAGCUGAAAUUAA